AAAAAAAAAAAAAAGAUGAAGUUGGGCAAAGUGGAGUUUUGCCAUUUUCUUCAGAUACUAGCUCUUUUCCUGUGUCUUUCUGGGAUGAAUCAAGCAGAGCUCACGAGGUCCAGGUCAAAGCCCUAUUUUCAAUCAGGGAGGACGAGAACCAAACGCAGCUGGGUGUGGAAUCAAUUCUUUGUGCUGGAAGAAUACAUGGGUACAGACCCACUCUAUGUAGGAAAGCUCCACUCUGAUGUUGAUAAAGGAGAUGGUUCCAUCAAAUACAUCUUGUCAGGCGAAGGGGCGAGUUCCAUUUUCAUUAUUGAUGAGAACACGGGGGAUAUUCACGCUACCAAGAGGCUGGAUCGAGAGGAGCAGGCCUACUACACGCUCCGAGCGCAGGCGCUGGACAGGCUCACUAACAAACCCGUGGAGCCCGAGUCUGAGUUCGUCAUCAAGAUCCAGGACAUCAAUGACAAUGAGCCAAAAUUUCUGGACGGUCCCUACACUGCUGGAGUUCCUGAGAUGUCUCCUGUGGGUACCUCUGUGGUUCAAGUGACAGCCACUGAUGCAGAUGAUCCUACGUAUGGCAACAGUGCUCGAGUGGUUUACAGCAUAUUGCAAGGACAGCCCUACUUCUCUGUGGAGCCCAAAACAGGUGUUAUCAAGACUGCCCUUCCGAAUAUGGACAGAGAAGCCAAGGACCAGUACCUGUUAGUUAUCCAGGCAAAGGACAUGGUUGGGCAGAAUGGGGGAUUGUCAGGGACUACAUCUGUCACUGUCACCCUGACUGAUGUUAAUGACAACCCGCCCCGCUUUCCGCGCAGAUCAUACCAGUAUAAUGUCCCAGAGUCCUUGCCAGUGGCUUCUGUGGUGGCCAGAAUAAAAGCUGCAGAUGCAGAUGUUGGACCGAAUGCUGAAAUGGAGUACAAGAUUGUGGAUGGUGAUGGUUUGGGAGUAUUCAAAAUUUCUGUUGACAAAGACACCCAGGAGGGAAUCAUAACUAUUCAGAAGGAGCUGGAUUUUGAAGCUAAGACAAGCUAUACCUUGAGGAUAGAAGCAGCCAAUAUGCAUGUUGACCCUCGUUUCCUGAGUCUGGGGCCCUUCAGUGACAUGACAACAGUGAAGAUAAUUGUAGAAGAUGUUGAUGAGCCGCCUGUGUUCACUUCACGUCUGUACUCCAUGGUGGUGUCUGAAGCAGCAAAGGUUGGCACUAUCAUUGGAACUGUAGCAGCCCAUGAUCCAGAUGCCUCAAAUAGUCCUGUCAGGUAUUCAAUAGAUCGAAACACAGACCUGGAAAGGUAUUUCAAUAUUGAUGCCAACAGUGGAGUCAUUACAACUGCCAAAUCUUUGGACAGGGAAACUAAUGCUGUUCAUAACAUCACAGUUUUGGCCAUGGAAAGUCAGAAUCCAGCACAGAUAGGGAGAGGCUAUGUAGCCAUUACAAUUCUUGACAUCAAUGACAAUGCCCCUGAGUUUGCCAUGGAGUAUGAGACAACUGUCUGUGAAAAUGCUCAGCCUGGUCAGGUGAUCCAAAAAAUUAGUGCAAUUGAUAAGGAUGACCCACCAAAUGGCCAUCAGUUCUACUUCAGUCUAACAGCAGAGGCAGCAAAUAACCACAAUUUUACAUUGCAGGACAACAAAGAUAAUACUGCGACAGUAUUAACCAAAAGAAAUGGGUUUCGAAGACAGGAACAGUCUGUUUUCUACCUGCCAAUAUUCAUAGUGGACAGUGGAUCACCUUCACUUAGUAGCACUAAUACUCUCACCAUCAGGGUCUGUGACUGUGAUGCAGAUGGUAUUGCUCAGACAUGCAAUGCAGAAGCAUAUAUCUUGCCUGCAGGACUUAGCACUGGAGCCCUGAUAGCAAUAUUGGCUUGUGUCUUGACACUGCUAGUUCUUGUCUUGCUCAUUGUCACCAUGAGGAGACGGAAAAAAGAGCCCCUCAUUUUCGAUGAAGAGAGAGAUAUCAGAGAAAACAUUGUCAGGUACGAUGAUGAGGGUGGCGGAGAGGAGGACACAGAGGCUUUUGACAUGGCUGCCUUGAGGAACCUCAACAUCAUGCGCGACACCAAGACCAGAAGGGACGUGACACCUGAGAUUCAGUUCCUGAGCAGACCAACUUUUAAAAGUAUCCCAGAUAAUGUCAUUUUUCGGGAAUUUAUCUGGGAAAGACUAAAAGAAGCAGACGUGGACCCCUGCGCGCCCCCCUACGACUCGCUGCAGACGUACGCAUUCGAGGGGAACGGCUCGGUGGCAGAGUCGCUCAGCUCUUUAGAUUCCAUCAGCUCAAACUCUGACCAGAACUACGAUUACCUCAGUGACUGGGGCCCUCGCUUUAAAAGGCUUGCAGACAUGUAUGGGACUGGACCAGACUGCUUAUACUCCUAGCCUUGGAUCCUUUCUCUGAAAAUGCACUGAAGAAUAUUAAAACAGAAAACUCAACCUAACAGACUGAGGAAAGUUGUAAAUAUUUCUCCAUUUUUAAAGUUUUAGGUUUUUUUGUUUGUGGGGUUUUUUUGGUUUUUUUUUGCCUUGGUGGAACAUAUCUUCGUUAGACUUGUCCUAGAGACUGCACUGACCACACAGAAUAUGAGCAUUUGGUGGCAUUUUUGAUAAAAUGAAAUGCUCAGCCACGUUCAAAUAGAUAGCAACCCUCGAAUACCUGCAGAGGCAACUCACUUUCAAGAGUAUGUUAUGCAGUCACCCAGUGAUCUGGUGAUACUCUGUAGAAACCUUCACAGUAUUGCUGAACAGAGAAUACAGAGUCUCUGUUUUAAGAAGGAAUAAAUUUUCAAAUUGAUAACUCAGUAUUACAGUACAUAGUAUUCACACAGGCAAGGUUUAGCUUAACAAAUUUUCUUUACUGUGUGCAUACAGAAGGACUGAUGAAAACAAACAAAAACCCAGGAAAUGUGGGGUUUUUGUGUUUCUCCCUGUUUGUUCUCAGAGUUAUUUAAUUAGAAAUCAGUCUAAUUUUCCAGUUAGUUUUUGACAAUAAUUUUGAGAAAUUAUUGCUCGUACUAAGAAAUUCCACAGUGUGUCAUAACCUUACGAAGUAGAUUAAAAUCCACAUAAAAUGAUAAAUACAGAGUUGUAGUCUUAUGGCUGGGAAGUUUUGUGAUGCCCAUGUAAGUAUAGAAAAGGUGUUGCUAUCUAUUUGCUAAUUUUUAUUCUCUCUUCUGAUUUGUACAGGAGAAUUUAUCCUUUUUUAUUAUUGUUUGACAUAAAGUGUUAUAUUUAUUUUGGAACUCCAAUCUCCACUAAAUUCAGGUCCAUUUUACUGUCUCAUGGUUUUAGACUUGUCAGGAACAUGCUGAUUUUUCUCCAGUCUCAGAUAAAUGUAGGAAAUGAAGCAUGGAAGUGGAGAAAUUACAGUAAACAAUGCCACCCACCAUUCAUCUCACAGAAAGGAGAGCAGCUCCAAGGAUGUGCAGUUGUUCUUCUGAGCCAUUGCAAAGUCCGAGACAUUUAAAGAAAACAUUUGUACAUUGAAUUUUUUGAAAGAUGACUGCAGAGGUA